AUGAUUCCCACGACUACCUCCUCUUCAACAGUCCCCACGACCACCAUCACCAUCACUGCCACUACCACUCCCCUCACAACAACGACCAUUGGUAGUAGCACUAGUAGUGCUUCUCUCAUUCCAACCCUCACACCAUCUCCUUCAUCGUUAGUCGUAGCUACUCUUCCUUCAGGAUCCUCUUCAUCAUCCUCCUCCUCCUCCUCGGGUUCAACCUCCAUCAACAGCACCACCACUUCUCCCGGAACCACUUCCACUCUUCCAACAAGUACGAUCAGCACCAGCACCAGCACCAGCACCACUCCCUCAACAACAGCAUUAUCAUCCACUACAUGGGUGAGUAGUAGUACUAAUGGUGUUGGUGGUGUUGGUGGUACCACUGCCCUUGUCUCGUCGACCUCAGCCUCCUCCUCCUCCUCUUCUGCUUCUUCGACGAUUAGUAGUGCUACUACUCAACUACCUCGUGGAACCACAACAAGCAACAGCCAUCAAAACCAUCCUAAUAGAAACAUUGUGAUCGGAAAACCAGGAUCAUCCAGCACCAUCACCAAAGAUCCUGCCACUGAUUUAGCUCUAUUACAACAAUACCGAACAGAUAUUAUGAAAUUAUUUGAAACGGAAUUAAUGUUUGAUUUGGUGAUUGUGGUUGGUCCUUCUAAAUUAAUUGGUACUCAAGAAGAUGAAAGAAUAUCGAGUGGUAAAAGUACUCGUGAAUCACGAGUGAUACAAUACAACGAGUCUUCUGAGAUUCGAUUGAAAAACAAAUAUUAUCCUGCCGAUGAGUGCAGUGUCGUCGAGUUCAAAGUUCAUAGAGCUAUUUUAUGUGCACGCUGUGACUAUUUUCACAAAUUAUUUCAUUCUCAAAUGAAAGAUUCGAAACAAAUGUAUUUGAAAUUUCCAGAUAAGAGACCAGAAGAUAUGAAAUGCUUGUUAGACUUUUUCUAUUCUGCUGUCAUUAAUAUUAAUCAUUCCAAUGCUUUUGGUGUGUUAAAAUUGAGUGAUGAAUUGGGUGUUCAAGUUGUCAAAGAAAAAUGUAUUGAAUAUGUCAAGGAAUGUGUCAUGAGUGACAAUGUUUUUGAUGUUUUGGAAGAGUCCGCUUUCCACAACUUUGAUGACAAAAUUCAUUUGGGAGAGUUAGAAAUUUUCAUGGCUGUUCUUUUAUGGGGCAAACAUCAACUCAUUCACAAAAUGGGAAUUCCAAUCAUGUCGUCACAAAAGUCAGCAAGUACUCCACCCAAUGCUUAUCAAUCGAGUGGUUCCAUUCAAAGUUCGUCACAACACAAUAACUCCUCUUUGGGAGGAAAUGCCACUAAAACAGUCAUUUCUUAUUCAGUAGAUGGAAGUACUCAAAUCAAAACAGAGAAAUUGGGUGAACAUUCAACAAUUCAUAAAGUUGGAGCCAUUGAGAGUUUAACAGAUAGAAAUUUAUCCAUUUCAGAACAAAAACCUCAGUCGCAGCCUACAGGUACUGAACUUUCAAUUUCUGAGCAACACGCCAAACAUCAUGAAGAAGACGAUGAGACAGCCAAGGAUUGUGUGGAUGAGGAUGACGAUGGUGAUGACUUUGAAGAAGAAAUUAUUAAUAGUUUAGCCUAUAGCACUUUGAAUCCAGCAUCCAUGUUGUCAAGUAAUGCUCAAUCAAGAAUUCAAGAUGCAGGAGAGUUGCAAAAAAAACAGAGAGAGAAUUCAAAAAUUGUCAAUUACACUCAUGACAAGCAGUUUGUUAUGCAUUUAGCUAAAUUAUUAUACGAUGUAUUACAACAUGUAAGAUUUCCAACAUUGGAUCCUAUUGAAGUUUAUGAGUGUGUAGAAAUUUCAAAGGUUGUACCCAAUGAAUUGUUACUGGAAGCUUACAGAGCUCAUGCUUUGCAGAAUAGAAUUGAUUUAUUUAAUUCUGCAAGACUCAAAGUAAGAGAGGGCUCUUUGUUCUAUGUGAGUGGAGUUUGUACGGAUGUGCCCAUCAGCAAAUUGAAGGGAUGGUGUUUGUAUUAUCACAAACCAUAUCAUCACCCAACAAGCGAGGCAGAUAUUCAAGCUGGUAAAGGCACUCGUAUUCUCAUUGGAGCACGACAUAAAAACUCAUCCACGUUGGCACUUUGUGCAAUGGGUAUGAAGCAAAAGUUUUACGCGAAACGUUUGAACACGAAACCACAAAAGAAAAUGGUUGCUAUUUCUAUCAUUGGAAAAAUCAUUCCUUUGGGUUUAGUGACACUCCAAAUGUUCAGUUGGGUACAGCUGAUCUUUCAGAAGGAGCAGCUAAGCUUAGUUGGCAUCUCACAGGACGUGGAGGUUAUCGAUGUGGAUUUCUUACCAGUUUAA